UCUUUUUUCGGGUUUUGGGAGGAUGCCAGAGAACCCGGACAGAAUCCACAAACACGCUGGACAAACAUGCAAACUCCACAGGAUAAGACCCUCAGCAGAAUUAUCUACAACUACACGUACAGGAGCCCAUUCGGCCAAGAUGGCGAGCGGAGGAGUGUCCGUGGCUUCGCUGUGGACCGAAGUGAACCGCUGCGGGCAAAAUGGAGACUUCACGAGAGCCCUGAAAGCUUUGUCAAAAAUUUUGCAUGAAAACAGAGAAGACGUGACAGCUCUUCAGUGUAAAAUAGUUUGCCAUGUCCAGAAUGGCAGCUUCAAGGAGGCCCUGAAUGUCAUGAACACUCAUUCAAAAGUGCUCGGCAGUGAUAUUGUGUUUGAGAAGGCGUACUGCGAGUACAGACUGAACAGAGUGGAAAGUGCCCUGAAGACCAUUGAAAGUGCCCCAGAGCAAACCGACAAGCUAAAGGAGCUUUACGGUCAAGUGUUGUACAGACUCGAGCGCUACAACGAGUGCAAGUCUGUCUACACAGACCUGAUCAGGAACUCUCAGGAUGAGUACGAGGAGGAGAGGAAAACCAACCUGGCUGCUGUGGUGGCAGCGAUGAGUCAGUGGGAGAAGGCUCCACUGGAAGAUCUAGGUCUCCCAGAUUCAACAUAUGAGUUGUGUUACAACACUUCAUGCGCUCUCAUUGGCCAAGGACAACUGACGGAAGCCUAUAAUAAAUUACGCCAGGCAGAAGAGCUCUGCAGAUUGUCACUGGCAGAUGAUUCAGAUGUAACUGAAGAGGACAUCGAGUCGGAGUUGGCCGUCAUCCACUCUCAGAUGGCGUACGUCAUGCAGUUGCAAGGUCGCACAGAUGAGGCGCUGCAGCUCUAUAACCAGGUCAUCAAACUCAAGCCGUCCGAUGUGGGGCUUCUUGCUGUGACUGCCAACAACAUCAUCACGAUAAACAAGGACCAAAACGUCUUUGACUCAAAGAAAAAAGUGAAGCUCACGAAUGCUGAAGGUGUCGAAUACAAGCUGGCGAAGAAGCAGCUGCAGACCAUCGACUUGAACAAAGCUCUGCUGGCCAUGUACACAAAUCAGGCUGACCAGUGCAGGAAACUGUCAUCCAGUCUUCAAUCUCAGAACCCAGGUCACCCACGACCUGUCCUCAUCCAGGUCGCUCAGCUGUGCAGGGAGAAGCAACAUAGCAGAGCCAUUGAGCUGCUUCAGCAAUUCUCAGAACAGCAUCCAGAGAGUGCGUCUGGCAUCAAACUCACGAUGGCACAACUCUAUUUAAUACAAGCUCAUGUAACAAAAGCCUGUGAUGUUCUGAGAUCCAUUGAAGAGUUCAAGCACAAACCAGGGAUGGUUUCAGCUCUGGUAACGAUGUACUCCCACGAAGAAGACAUCGACGGUGCCAUCGAUGUCUUCAAACAAGCUAUUGAACACUAUCAGUCUGAACAGCCCGGAUCUGCUACACAUUUGGCUCUUGUACGAGAAGCUGCCAACUUCAAACUGAAGUACGGGCGGAAAAAGGAAGCUAUUAGUGAUCUGGAGCAGCUGUGGAAGCGAAACACCAAGGACAUCCACACACUGGCACAACUCAUCUCAGCUUACUCCCUCGUGGACACAAAUAAAGCCAAAUCCCUCAGCAAACACCUACCUUCUGCAGACACCAUGUCCUUCAACGUGGACGUGGACGAGCUGGAAAACUCGCACGGAGCCACGUACGUUAGGAAAAAAGCUGCUAAAGUCACGGGAGAGAAUCUGCCUAAAGAACAAGGCCAAGUUGAGAUCGAGAUCAAGAAGAAGAAGAAGAAAAAGAAAGGCAAACUACCCAAGAACUACGACUCUAAAAUGACCCCCGACCCCGAGAGGUGGCUGCCCAUGAAGGAGCGUACCUACUACAGAGGCAAGAAGAAAGGAAAGAAGAAGGACCAGAUCGGAAAAGGCACACAGGGAGCGACGGCAGGAGCCUCAUCUGAGCUGGAUGCCAGUAAGACGGCCAGCAGCCCGCCUACCUCCCCCAGACCAGGCUCUGCGUCUGGCUCGUCUGCGGCCGCUGGCAGCAGCGUGGCCCCGCCGCGGCAGCAGAAACCGGCUUCAUCGGGGGCCACUCGCAAGAAGGCACCAGCGAAGAAGAAGAAGGGAGGGAAGGGAGGCUGGUAGUCAGUGGGAAGCAACAUGUGAGGCAGAACAACAUCAUCAUGAGAACAUAAACUCUUUUUUUUUUCUUUUUUUUUCUUUUUUAUGUUUCAGUGUUAAUUUUAGUUUUGUUGUCGCCAUUCAUUUAAAUUUGUAAACCCAAAAUCUCCCCUUGAACUUUUUAAAGGACAGUUUGAAUAAAUCUUAAAACUGCU